AUGACUGCCAGAAACAAGCGCAACGUUUUGGUCCCCUUCGAGUCGGCUGCAGUGGCCAGCCGUGCCUUCGGAUUCCAGGCCAUACGCGUCAGCCCCGAGCCUCCAACGCCACAGCGAUGUGUAACUCCGAACGCUCUGCCCGUCUUGGCGAUUGUGGGCCACAAGGACCACGGGAAAACGACCCUGAUGGAGAGGCUCACAGGGGAGCGUAUGGUUGCUAAAGAGCCCGGCGAUACCACGCAGCAAGUGGUGGUACGGGAGGCAACUAUACCGACCGGCGGCGAGCCCCUGCAUGCCACCCUUCUGGACACACCUGGUGAUGAGUUGUUCGAGGUGGUGCGUGGCCGCGCAAUUCACAUAGCCGAUGCCGCCGUGGUGGUCAUGUCUGCGGAGGGCGGUGAGGCGCAGACAAGGGACGCGAUACUACAGGCGGACCGUUUCAAGGUGCCUGUGGUCUUCUGCAUCAACAAGGCCGACCUCGAGUUCAGCGACGCCCAAGUUGCCAUCGCCGAGCUGCGAGCCCAGUGCGCACGGAUGCACAAGGCGGGUAUCAUUGGCUCGGACCUUGCGGACUGCGUCGACAACGCCGUUGCCGUCAGUGCACGCACGGGGGCCUGCCUGCCGGAGCUCGGAGCUGAGAUCGCGCGCCGGCUCUCCAAGGUGACACUCCCAACCAACCCAGUGUUCCUGACAGACGUAUUUGGCGGGGUUAAGCUUGGCCGGGUGGAAAACUUUAUCCGGAGGACCAACUGCCUGGUCAGCAGCGGCGCACCCCCCAUCGCCGUCUGCUUCGUGCUGGAGCUCGAGAGGACGCACUCCUUCGGAGUCGUGAUGACUGUGGCGGUACGCCACGGAGUGCUGAUUGAGGGGUGCUACUUCGUCGCCGGUACCGAAUACGGUCGCGUGUCAGGCAUAUACCCGCCUCACGGUAGGGUCGCCCCUGACACCAAGAUGGAGCGCGCUGCCGUGGGCCGCACAGUGCGCGUAACUGGGCUCAAAACUGUGGAGGGCACGAGUGCGGAUGAUUUGCUUCUGGUGCUGCCACAGCACGAGGCGUUCCGUUUGAGUCAAUACCGCAGGGAGGUACAGCUGCUUCGGUCGCAGCAGGUAGAGGGUCCCCCGCUCGAGGUGCCGUGGGCAGUCCUUCUGCAACCCAAGGAAGACGCAGGGUAUGGCGCGUCGUCAGAUUCACACUGCGCACCUGAAAAAAGCGAGUUUGGAUCGACUGAAAAUCGCAGCGGUGCUGCCACCGCCACCCACGACGACGCUUUUCCCAGCACGUCCAUAUACCUCCACCCUGUCGAAGAUACAGUAUCCGACAAUGGGGAUAUUGUGGUGGAAACGGAUUACGAAGCGUGUGAUCAGACCCACUCCGAUUAUUCAGAGAGCGGGCAGCAGGCUACCCCUACAGAGGAUGGUGGUGGUGGUGAUGAUUAUAACGAGGUGGAUGAGCUGGUAGAGGAGGAGGAAGCGGGGUGUGAUCCGAGCGGUGAGGCUGACGCCAGCCCGCACGAAAUGUGGGCUUCCAAGGUGGAAGAGCAAAACAAAGCGCUUCUAGAGCGGUGGAGAAGCAAGUUGCCACCGCCGCCAACAAAGAGCAAAACCCCCAAAGCGCACGGCGGCAUCGAACCACCCGCAGUAACUCCGGAGAUGGGGCGGCCAGUCAUACCGGUGAUUCUGCGGGCCAAUUUCGUCGGCACUUUUGACGCCCUGCUGGAUGGGUUCGAGGCGCUGGAGAAGAAGCAUCGCGUCAGGAUCCCCGUGGUUCACGGAGGGCUGGGAUCCGUCUCCCCUAACGACAUCGUGCAGGCGGACAUCGGGAACAAGUUUGGGCACUGCCCGGUGUACGCCUUCCAGGUGCCCGUGCUGAACGACGCAAUCAAGCACGCCGUCAUCAAUCACGUCACGGUGAAGCAGUUCAACGUUUACUCGGACCUGCUUGCCGACGUGGAGCGGCGUUGCGAGGGCGCUGUGCGGCGGCUGGAAGAGAAGAGGUCUCGUGAACUGCUCCGUCGAUGA